GCGCCCCCGCGCAGGCGCCCUAGAGAGCGGGCCGGGUCGGGGCCGAGCGGCGCCAGGACCGGAGCGCAGCGGAGCUCGGCGGCCAGCGCCUCGCAGUUCCCAGGAGCCUCCGGGGCCAUGGCCGUGUCCGUGUCCGCGUCCCCGAGCUGCCAGCCGGACCUGGUGAAUGACAACAGCCGCCUGAGCUCGCCCCUGUCCCGGCCCCUCCAGGCCGCUCACAACCAGCUGCUCAACGCCAAGCUCCAGGGCGUCCACCCCGUCUCCCGCGCCCCGGUCCCCGCGGGACCCCGGGGCCGGCAGGCCUACGUGCCCGCCGCCCACCUGCAUGGCACCAUGGGGCCGGGGGAGGCGGAGCGGGACCCCACCAACGCCAAGUGGGUGAAAGACGGGCAGAACCAGCUGCGCCGGGCCGCCAGCGUGCAGCAGGAUCAGAACCGCAACGUGACGGCGGCCGUGGAGACCGCGGCCGUGGAGACGGCGGGGGAGACGGCGGCCGUGGAGACGACGGCCGGGGGGACGGGCUCCCACGAGCCCAACGCCCCCGGGUCCGCCGCUUCAGCGGCCAAGGGCCUCCUGCACCUCUAUUCCGAGCUGGAGCUCAACGCCGCCAACCGCGAGCACCCGGGGCCCGGCCUGCUCAUCGACCUGAGGCCUCCCGGCCCCCAGCUGCGCCGGCCCGGCCGGCUCCACCGCGACGACGAGGAGGAGAAGGCCGCUGGGGAGGAAGGCGGGGAGGAAGAUGAGGACGAGGAGGAGGAGGACGAGGAGGAGGAGGAGGACACCUCAUCCUGGCACGGCCGGGAAGAGCCCCCGGAGCGUGGGCGGGACGGGCCGCGAGAGCACGGCCGGAGCGCCAGCCUCCUGUUUGGCAUGAGGAACAGCGCGGCCAGUGACGACGACUCCAGCUGGGCCACGCUGUCCCAGGGCAGCCCCUCCGGCAGCUCUCCCGACGACACAGACUCGUUCUGGAACCGCAAUUCUUUCGAAACGGAUUCGGAUCUGCCCGCCGGAUGGAUGAGGGUCCAGGACACUUCAGGGACCUAUUACUGGCACAUCCCAACGGGGACCACCCAGUGGCAGCCACCUGCCGCUCCUGGCCAGGGCCGGGGGCCCCAGGGCCGAGGACCGCCCCGCCAGGGGCCCGCCUCCACGGGCGACAGUCCCACCGAGGAGCCUCAGCUCACCUGGACAGGCUUCGGCCACUGCACUGGCUUUGAAGAUGGAGAAUUUUGGAAGGAUGUGCGGGGGGAGGAGCCAGCCCCGGAACAGGACCAGAAGGAUGAGGACUCUUCCUUGCGUUUUCAGGCUCUGGAUAUCAGCUGUGGGCUGUCUGAGGAGGAGGAGGAGGAGGAGGAGAAGCCCCUUCUGAGCACUAAUCCUGGAGCCAAGGUGUUCGCCGUGCGCUCGCUGGGCUGGGUGGAGAUGACGGAGGAGGAGCUGGUGCCCGGGCGCAGCAGCGUGGCCGUCAACAACUGCAUCCGCCAGCUGUGCUACCCCGCCGGCCCUCGGGGCCCUGCCCACGGCUGCUGGGGAGAGGGGAAGGACAUGCUGCUGCAGCUGGAGGACGAGUCGCUGAAGCUGGUGGAGCGGCGGGAACGGACGCUGCUGCACUCCCAGCCCAUCGUCAGCAUCCGGGUGUGGGGCGUGGGGCGGGACAGCGGCAGAGAGAGGGAUUUCGCCUACGUGGCUCGAGACAGGCUGACCCAGGUGCUCAAAUGCCACGUGUUCCGCUGCGAGGCGCCUGCCAAGAACAUCGCCACCAGCCUGCACGAGAUCUGCUCCAAGAUCAUGGCUGAGCGUCGUAGUGGCCGCUCCCUGGUCAACGGGCUGAGCCUGGAUCACGCUAAGCUGGUUGACGUCCCCUUCCAGGUGGAAUUUCCAGCCCCGAAGAGCGAAAUGGUGCAGAAGUUCCAGGUCUAUUACUUGGGCAGUGUUCCUGUCUCCAAACCCGUGGGGGUGGACGUCGUGAAUGGGGCCCUGGAGGUGGUCCUGGCGUCCAGCAGCCGGGAGCAGUGGACCCCGAGUCACGUCAGCGUGGCCCCCGCCACCCUCACCAUCCUGCACCAGCAAACGGAGGCCGUGCUGGCCGAGUGCCGGGUGCGAUUUCUGUCCUUUCUGGCCGUGGGCCGGGACGUCCACACCUUCGCCUUCAUCAUGGCCGCCGGACCGGCUAGCUUCUGCUGUCACAUGUUCUGGUGUGAGCCCAACGCCGCCAGCUUGUCCGAGGCGGUGCAGGCCGCCUGCAUGCUGAGGUAUCAGAAGUGCCUGGACGCCCGCCCCCAGGCCUCGAGCUCCUGCCUUCCCGCCCCGCCCGCCGACUCCGUGGCCCGCCGCGUGGGCUCCACCGUCCGCAAAGGUGUCCAGACGCUGUUGGGCAGCCUGAAGCCCAAACGGGCGGGGGCCCAGACUCCCUGAGCGGCCCCGGCGAACGGGGCGGCGUCCACACUGAGCCCUCCCCCUCCCUCCAUCCCCCCUCCCGAUCCCGGCCGUGUCUGAGGGACUCGGGUGUGCCCGGGAGAGGAGCGUGGGGCGGGAAGGGGCCCGGCGCUGCCGGUCGGGCCCGGCCUGGCGCCCGGAGGCCGGGAGGGGGCCUGGGCCGGGGGCACCCGAGCGCUCCCCGCCCCAGCCCCCCCAACCCGGGGGUAGGGGCCUGGGAUCCUACCGGGGGGGGGGGGGGCGGGAUGGUCGGGGCGGGGCUCCCCUGCAUGAGGGGGCUAAGGCGGAGUCGGCUCCCCUUCCCCGGGGCUGAGGGAGAGAGAGAGGCCUCCGGUGUCCCCGUCCUCCCCUUGGGCUCCAGGCAGAGGAGAGAGAGAGAGAGAGAGAGCGUGUGUGAGAGAGGGCGGGCAGGUGCGUGUGUGGUGGGGAUGGAUGUGUACAUCCGCGCGUGUGCGUGUCCGCGUGUGCAAGUGUGGGUGGGACCGCCGGGCUCACCGGCAUCAGUGUGGCGGGGGUCAGCCCCGCUCCCCGCCCCGGCGGCCUGAGGCCCCCUCCCCACCCCACGUCUGUGCUCUGUAUGUGUCGGGGCCAAGCAGGACCGGGAGCCCCCAGCCUGACCGCCCGCCCGGUCCGUCGCCCUUCGCUCCCCCUGGGGCCGGCCGGGCUCCCGACGGGCGUGAGGGCCGGAGGCCGGCUGCCGCCUCCCCCCUCCCCCGCCCCGUCGGCCCCGGCCCGCUCUAACUCACUAAUGAAACCCGUCCGAGCCCGCCCUCAGCUCGGCUCCGUGUCUCCCCGCGUGUCCGUGUCCGCCCCAGCCUCCCGGCCCGGCCCCAGGCUUCAGUGCAUGCCCUCUGCCGGGGCCUGAGCCUCGUGCCCACCCUCCCCCUGCCUCCGGGGCCCCCGGCUCCUCGGACUCCGUUGUCAGAGCGGGCUCGGCCAGCGGCGCCGGGCCUCCGGGCCGGACUCCCCGCCCUCCGAGACGCGGGACUCUUCAAAGCCAGAUCCGCCGUGAGGAUCGAUGGACGUCUGUACAAUUCAGAAGAACGUGUGCUAUACAGUAAAAACCGCUCUAUAACCCAA